AUGUUACGCAGACACCUCUUCGCCAUCCUCGCCCUAGCUGCAAGCGUAUCCUGUGGUAACAUCCAGAUUUCGGUGUGGGAAAGCGAAGACUGCACCGGCGAUCAUACCCUCAGACCCCAACUUGACCUUCGACUGCACGUGGGCUGCAUCAAGCGAGGCGAUGUUACGGAACAACUCGAAGUCGAACUGCUCGAAGGAAAACAACGCGAAGAAAAAGCCAUCUCGGUCUCCCAGGAUGGAAGCAUGGCAGCCCAGUCCCAAGCCCUCGUCUUCUUCACUUCAGAAAACUGCGAUCCGAGUACUGAGAUCGAGGAUGCAUAUGUCGAUAACAGCUGCUCGAAUGUGUUUGAGAAGCUGAAGGAGGAUAAGUGGAAGAGUUAUGAGAUGCGAGACGCGUGCUUUGGGGGUUUCGCCGGUUGCGAUCUUGAUGAGGAGCCGACAGACGGGGAUGAAGUUAAUUGCGAGAGACCACUGUUGCCGGGCUGGCCUGGCUGCGGAGAACCGCUGAAUCCGGGGAAGUAG